CUAGGUAUUGAAGGACCCCCCGGACCGCCUGGACCACAAGGUCCUGCAGGUGAAGAUGCCUUCAUUGAACGGAUUUCAUUCUCUGCAGCCCUCACCAGUCCUCAACUCAAUCCUGGGACAAUCCUGUUUGAUAAGGUAUUGGUGAAUGAGGGAAACCAUUACAAUCCAAACACAGGUAUCUUCACCGUCCCAUAUGAUGGCCGCUAUUUCAUCAGUGCCAUUCUAACUGGACAUCGCAACCAGCGGAUUGAAGCCGUCCUCGCAAAGUCCAACGCUGGGCUGGCAAGGAUUGACUCAGGGGGUUUCCAACCUGAAGGAUUGGAGAACAGGCCUCUGCUGAGGGCUCCACCUAUCUCAGCAUCCGUGGGCAUCUUCAACAUCAUCUUACCACUCCGCCAAGGUGACACUGUCUGCAUUGAUCUGGUUACAGGCAGACUGGCCCAUUCAGAUGAACCACUGACUGUUUUUAAUGGGGUUCUUUUAUAUGAAGAUGAGGACAUUUGAUGGGCUUACCCUGUCUCGGGGGCAAUAUUUAAACAGAAAUAUAUUCAGAGCUCUUUCAUACCAACUACAAGAUCGAGAGACUGAUCUCCACUCUUCUGAAGAAGGGUCACUGGACCUGAAACAUUAACUCCGCUUUCCUUCCACAGAUGCUGCGAGACCUGCUCAGUCUCUCCAGUAAUUUCUGGUUUUGCUUCCCAGUGCCGGAGAGGUAUUUAAGGUAAAACAAGGUAUGUAGCAAUCUCUUCCACCAACUGAUGUUGCAGGAGGGAACGCAAUAAGUUUCAAGUUCAGACCUCACACCCCUAUUUUAUCUUUUUAAAAAAGAUUCACAUUUAACCGAAGACCGGACCCAAUGCCCAGGAUCCAGCAGAUGGCUGGGCAGGUUUGGUGUCUGGGAUAUGGAGAAGAAUCCAAAUUAUUGAGUUUCUUAUAAAAACUGUCAGUUGACAGGUGACUGUUUAUUAAUAAAAAAAGUUCACUUUUUUAA